AUGAGCUACUAUGGCAGCUACUACGGAGGCCGCGGCUACGGCUGGGGCUGGGGCGGCCUUGGGGGCCUGGGCUGUGGCUAUGGCUCCGGCUGGGGCUGGGGCGGCCUUGGGGGCCUGGGCUGUGGCUAUGGCUACAGAGGCUAUGGCUGUGGCUGCUGGCGCCCGUCCUGCUGCGGGGGAUACGGAUACUCUGGCUUCUACUGAAACCCUGCCCAGCAGCUCAGCCUCUGAACUUACAGGGACUUCCUCCCACGUUUGAUCUAAGGAACCGGACAGCAGAACUCAUGCUGGGUUAUUGGCACAAAAGCCUUUAGCUCCUCAGGAUUAUGGGUAGAUUUUCAACUGUGCCUGCAUCUCCCUCCUAAGCCCAGGAUCCUCUAGGUUUG